UAUACCCUUCUUGGACGUUGCCAGCGUUACAAUUAAGUGGGUAAAAAAAGCUCGGAUUGUUUUAAUCUGAACAUGGAAAUGGGUCAUCGUGCUGUUGACCUCUAGCCUUUGGGUAGCAGGGAUUGGAUUUGGGAAGAGGAAACCAACUGACAAUGCUGUUUCACUUGGCGGCCAUUACGGGAAUCGCGCUUCUCGUCCUUUGUCUUGUUUCGCGCGUCAGAUCAGUGAAAAUCCUCCAAGUGAACGCGGACCAGCCACUACCUCCUGACCGUCUGCACUGCUACUACUGCUUCGAGUAUGAGGAUGACUGCAUCUCCAUGGAAAACACCAGCAACAUCCGGGGACGCGAGUGCGAAAUAGAGGAACAUUACUGCAGAGUGAAGCUCCUGCACACGGAGGGCGUGUUGCGCACGUUCGAGCGGGACUGCGCCAGGGAGUGCACCCCGGGCUGUCAGACGGUGAUGGCGCACAAGAAGUGUCAGUCGUGUUGCUCCACCAACUUCUGUAACUCCAACAACCACGGCGUCAGGCGCGCCACGUCGGCCACAACAUUCACGACGGCUCUCGUCGUCUCAGCGCUCAUGUUAAUCUCGAGACGUUGAUAGCACGACGUCGUCAACACCGUCCUGUACAGUCGACAUACAAACAUACAUAUAAACAUACACACGUACACAUAAAUACACACACACACACACACACACACACACAACCACACACACACACACACACACACACACACACAC